AUGUACAUUCCUUUGAAUGUAUAUUCCUCCAGCGGCAAUCCGCUUAUUUGCAAAUCCAUGUAUGGUAACAAGGCAGGUAUCUCCAGUACAGCCAGGAGUCCUAGUAGAGACAGCAGAAGAGGCAGUGACAGAAGCAGAGGAGACAGAGAUAAGAGAAAAGAACCAGAGAGAACCAUUGGCUCACGGGAAAGAACUCACGAUGCAGAAUCUGGCAAACGUUUAAGACCUGGAGAACGCGAUUCUGAUUAUCGUAAUAGUAGUGAUAUCAGGAGCUGGGGUAAAGAGGGCAAUCAUUCCAGCUCUAACCAAACUCACCAAAAGGAUCGAUCUCGUGAUGAAAGACACCCACGGUCUCCCUUAGGGCGAAGUGCUCGUGGGGAUACAUCCAGAGACAGAAGAAGAGAGGGAAGUAGAGAGAGGGACAGGGGCAGGAGAUUGGAGGACAGGUUGGGACCCUCACCUGCAACUCAGACAACAAGGAGGAGUCCCAUAGGAAGACCCCGUGUCUCUCGAAGAGCUGCCUCACCUCGAGAAAAGAAGAGAAGCAGACAUCCAGGUGAUCUGAGACUAUGGAUAGAAUCUCGUAAGUCAGAAGGAAGCAAACGACCUCUGUCACCUAGUAGGCCUCGUCCUCUAGCCAGACGAACUGCCCGAUCCAGUGAGAGAUCAACCCUGGUUAAGAGAUCUCGGUUGGGUGAUCCCAAGAAAAGGUUAGGGGGCUACAAGGCUCGGAGAAGAACCCUCCCAGUUAAGAGAAACAAGAUAUUAAAGAAAUAUCAGCGAUUAACAGUAAAGCGAGGACCAAGGAGUGGGGGUGGUACCGGCAGUGGUAAAGCCAGCAACCGGUCCAACAAAGAUAGUGGAGGAAAUCGUGGUGAUGGGGAAGAAGGUGAGGGAGGAGGUGAGGAUGAAACCAGCAAACCUGGAAGCACAGCAACAAUCCGUAGGGUCAUCAAGAAGCCCAAGAAUGUGAGUCAGGUCAACCGUUUAGCCCUUAAACCUCGAGUCAUUAGGAAACCAGCACAGAAAUUGUUGAAAGAUCCCAAGGAAGCAGAUACUACUACUAACAAGGAGAGACCACCUUCCCAGUCUUCCAAGGGGGAAACUUCACCACGCAAUGAGAAGCCUACAAGCACAACUUCAGAACCCAGUAAACGACCUGCACGAUCCUUCUAAAAAUUACCAUUUUUAUCCUAAGUAUCUUCAAGAUUGGAACUUUUGUUUAUAUGUUUCUCUGCUCUGAAAAUAUACUUGGCAAUAACUCUAGUGGCACCUAACUUUAUUGAAGGUAUGAUUGAUAAGUGCUGUUUUGGUAUAAGCUCAAGUAUGCUAAUCAUUAUAGUGUAUAAGUUGUCGUGUUGUCAGUAACCAGCAAUGUUUUAUCAGUGUUGAAGUGAAUAAGGGAUAAUUCUAUCUAGAAUUUUUUCUUCAGUUCCAGCCUUGUAUGCCUUAAAAGGAUAAAAUUGGUGAUAAUAAACUUCAAUUUUACAAGAGAACUGUGAUCCAGGUAGCUGAGGAAGAGUUUACUAGUGUUGUACACAUGACAGUAGCUUAAAGUUUUAGUAAUGCCAAAUCUAUUUAAGAGUGUAAUGUCAGAUAAUUAUUAGUAUGUCUUUAGCUACCAUAGUUUGUGGUGUCAGUUACUGUUAUUAGAUGAUGUUUGGAUUCAUCCUCCCAUGUCAUCAUAAUGUACUGUGGUGAAAAUUGUUUACCAGUUACAAAGUGAGGAACAUGUUCCUUGUUAACAAUGGCCCAAGACCAUAAUUGGGAUGAUGGUUGCAGCUAGUCGCAUAGUCACAGCCAAGGCCAGAGAAAGAACUGGCAGUGUAGCCAUCAUAGUAAAUCCCAGAAAUCCACAUGCUGUGAAAGCCGAUAUGAUAGUUGUAUUUUUAGUUAUUUGAGUGUGCCUUUUGUCACAGUGUUAUACCAUUUUUAAAUUUCAUGGAAAUUUACAGUUAGGGAUAUUUUUAUUGUUUAGGAAGACUGAUUGAAUGUAUUUACUCUUUAUUUCUUAUUUAAACACUUCAAUCUUAUGGCCUUAAAAAAAAAGAUUGUUCAGAAUAUUAUGAACUGUGUAUAUUCAUUUUAUGCAAAAUUUUCAAAGUGUUCUGGUAUAAAUAUAAAGUGACAACCCAUUAAA